UAUGAUAGCAUUUGAGUGUAGUGACAGUCCAAUGUUAGCUGUGCUUGGUUAUUAAUAGAAUCUAAAAUAUAUCUCUGCAUCGAAGAAGCUGAUGUUCAUUGAAUGAUGCUGUUUACGAAUGAAUUUUCCUAUUGUAGUGCUGUAGACAAGUAGCUAGAUCUCAUUUAAAGCUACUUAGAUCUAGACUGCAUUCUUCAAUCAUGGCUUCAAUUAAGAGAGUGUGUCACAAAUUCCAACAUACCAUGAGAACAGUAAAUUCAUUCAGACCUUCAUGCUGUCACAUGAUACCCUUUUCAGACUGUAAAAUCAAAUCAGCAAAUCAGUUUCUGAAAAAUUGCAGAAGUAUAAAUACACAUUCACGAUUAUAUUCAACAUUUGAAAGCUCACAAAAUAUUCUUAGUCAGUCAACUAUGUUUGUGCAGGAUGGUAUUAAUAUAGAGGAACUUCCUGUAUUAAUAAGACGUGUAACACAUAGCUCUUUUCCAUCAUCAACGUACUGUUAUUCUGGUGAAAAAAUCAUGGAUGAAUCUGAAUUUGAUAACAGUUUUAGACAGGUACUUCAAAGCUGCACUUCUGUGAAUGAUGUUUUUAAGCUGUUGGAGGUUCCUUCGGAUAAAGUGAGAGGCUAUUCUGCAGCUUUUGCACUUCAAAGGCUUCAUGUCCUGAAAUACCUCAAUAGUGAUUGGAACCAAAUUCAUUCUUUUAUUCGUUCAGCAGUUAUGCGUGAAUUGUAUGACACUGUUGAAAAAGAUGUGAGUUUGUUAUCCAAUGGAACUCUAAUAUCUCUUGUGGAAUGUUAUUUGUCAGCAGAUGGUUUCAGUUCUUCUUGUUUUAAUGCCAUUAAUAGUGCAAUCCAAUGUAGACUCGGUGAUGGCACUUUCUCUAUUGAAGAACUUCUUACCCUGUCCAAUGUACUCAAGAUGGGCACGGACAACAAUAGAAAACCUUCGCCAGUGAUUGUGAAGCCAAAGUCUCUAUCCAUGAGCAUUGUUUCGGAGAAUUCGUCCAGGUUUCUGACGAGUGAUGAUAAUGAGCCAUCCAAAACUGAGCAUUUUGACAAGUACUGUGCUAGUGCCAGUCCACAGUUUAAAGAGAAAAUCAAAACACAUUGUUCUGAGAUUUUAAACAACCUUUGGGUUCACUUGUUCUCAAGGUAUUCUGAGCUAAAUGCUGAAACAUUACCACCUACAUUGCAAGCCCUAACAUCCAGCAACAAAUACCUGAUCCUUAUUCUUCAGAAGCCGUUGUCAUCAUUUUGGGCAAACCUUUCUGCAGAGAAUGUUGAUAUCUGUUUAAAAGCACUUAUCCGACUGCGUGUCCACAACAAAGCAUUUUUGACUUACCUAGCAAGGUGGUCCUAUGUAAAUAUUCAUUUGAUGACUCCUAGUUUAAUGAUGUCAUUUGUCCACACAUUUCUACAUUUUGGUUUCUUUGAUGAAAACUUUAUCAAAGUAAUGGAGCGAUGUCUGCAACUGAAAGGAUUACAGGCUGAUACAAAUGUGGUGGCAAUGUGUGUAGAAUACUGCCGCACUACCAAGUAUCUUUCCCCCAUUGUGAUGGACACUGCAGCUGACCACUUCACUCAACAUGGAAUGUCUUAUGAACCACUCCAACUCUUUGCUGUGUUAAGAGUGUUUGGACAUCUCAACUAUUUGCCUACUAAUUCCGCUGCAUUUUUAAAACAGACAGAGGCAUGUCUGUGGGAAAGGUUUGAUCAUAUAGAUGAAGAGCUCCUGUUGGAAAUUCUUGGCUCAUUCACCUUUGUGAAUGUGUUACCUAAAAAUUUUUCUUCCAGGUUGGCUAGUGCUGAAUUUUUCUCAAAGCUUGCAGCUCUCAAGACGGUUCAGAAAAUAAAUGCGUUUAUGUGGUUACGAAUACUAAAGAAUGCAAUUGUUGUUGAUUCAGCAAACGAUGUUACAAAUAACCUCAGAUGGUUGUUCAGUGGCAGAAGCAAAGGAAAUAGUCUACUCUACAAUGACAAUAUAAGAGGAAUAGUUUACACCCUAAAAAGGUCUCUGGAUUAUGUGCUUGGUCCGGACUACUACUACUCGAUUCCAUUUCAUUGUUGUUAUGCUUUAAAUAUAGACAAGGAUGGAUUACCAAUAGAAGUGAAAAGAACAAACAAAGGGUUUGUUGAGACUCAGUUGAAUGCUGGCAACAGGAUUGCUGUCAUAGUCAGAAGUGCAGAUCAUUUUAUUGUCAACACAAAACAGCUGUUAGGGAGUCAAGUUCAAAGGUUGAAACAGCUUCAGCUCCUUGGGUUUACACCUGUUGAGAUCCGUGUGAGUGAAAUAGCCUUUGCAAAAAGAUCAGACGAAUACCUGGGGCAUGUUUUAAAACAGCACCUGUGCAAGUACAUUGAUUUUGAUGCUGUUGAAAGAUUACAUUGUGACCCAAAGGAACGAGCCCUACCAAUACCAUCAGAGGACUUCUACAAUGACUGGCUGGGAUACAGUGAAGCUGAUCUCAAUGUAGAGGAGGAGACCAAAGACUUGGAUCUUAUCGCUCUGCUGUUACAAACAAGUAAAAAUACCUUGCCUGAGGAGACAGAUCCAAGCAAAAAAACAUAAGAGUAAAGAUGUGUUCUACCUAUUAUAAUUGUGAAAAAGAAUUAUUGAUAAUUGUUUCCACCAGUCCAAGGUUCAUAGUAACUACUUGUAUACAAUUUAAAUUGCAAUUGAAUUAUUAUAAAAUACAUCACACAUCACCCUGUUAUCUUCUGCAUAUGUUAGUGGCAACAUGGAUCUUUAAGUUGUCCAUCAUAACAAUAUCCUGUUUUUGACACAACUGAUAGUAAUAGACUUGAGAGCACUCUGGAUUAAGCAAAGCAGUUAUCCUUUAAAUCUCUAACUUGACUGAAUUCAAUUAUUGUUUUAUAACUUAAAAGUUUAUUUGAGAUUUUAAAACAUACAAGUGUAAUGAUUGUGAUAUGAAAUAAAGUCAUUUGUAUAGAA